AUGAGGAUUUUCUCCUGUCUGUUGACUCUUGCGGCAGUUUUCGUGGUCACUCUCACUGUGAUGUCCGGCGCCGAAGCCAAGACCACACCCAAGCCAAAGUACCAAUACACCAAGAAGCCCGUCCCUCAGGUCACCGUGCACAGCCCCGUGACCACCAGCAUGCCCAAGACCCUCAAGAUAGUGGCGACUGCAAACCCUGUGCAGCCCACCACAGAGAAGACCACAUACCCAAACCACAUCUUCCCACAACACCACAGUGAGAACACGGAGCCCCCUGGUGUUGGCCCCGAGAACUACACCCUGGAUUACAAUGAGUGUUACUUCAACUUCUGUGAAUGCUGCCCACCCGAGAGGGGCCCCAGGGGCCCGAAGGGAGACAAAGGCUUGGCAGGGCCGCCUGGUGAAAGAGGCCUCGCAGGAGCGCCUGGUGUACCCGGACCACCUGGCGUGAGUGGUCCAAUGGGGUUAAAAGGUAACAAAGGUGACAGAGGCGACAGAGGAAGUGGUGGCGCCGCCGGGCCACAAGGAGUCCCUGGAAAACCUGGUCAAAAAGGAGACGUCGGCCACAGAGGUGAAAAGGGUGAAACGGGGCUGCAAGGUAUCAAGGGUGAAAGUGGAGAGAAAGGAGAACGCGGCCGUAACGGGACUGCUGGGGAGAAAGGAGAGCCGGGAAAAGAGGGGCCGGUGGGGCCUCCAGGACCGGCUGUGGAGCUCGGGGCCAAGGGGGAGAAGGGGGACAAGGGGGAGUGUGGCACCUUUGGGGAAAGGGGCCCAAAAGGUGAGCGAGGGGAUUCUGGAUCUCCUGGCAUCCCGGGCGUGAUGGGAAUUCCAGGGAUCAACGGCAAACAUGGAGCGCCCGGUCCAGUGGGUCUCCGAGGGGAUCAAGGACCUCCUGGACCUCAGGGAGAUCCAGGUGUCAGAGGACCUCAAGGACCUCAAGGCAUAAGAGGGGUGCCAGGGCCGAAAGGCGACAGAGGCUACCCGGGGAUGAGAGGCGAUCGGGGCUUUCGGGGGCUGAAAGGAGCUAAAGGAUCGGGACUCCCUCUGAAACGCUCCGCCUUCAGCGUCGGCAUCUCCCCGAGGAAGUCCUUCCCGCCCUCCGGCUUCCCCAUCCGCUUCGACAAGGUCUUCUACAACGAGGAGAACCACUUCAACGCGUCGUCCAACAGCUUCACGUGCGUCCACCCCGGCGUCUACGUCUUCUCCUUCCACAUCACCGUGCGGAACCAGCCGCUGCGAGCCACGCUGGUGGUGAACGGCUCGCGGCGGGUGAGGACCCGGGACUCUCUGUACGGCCAGGACAUCGACCAGGCCUCCACCCUGGUGCUGCUGCGGCUGGCGGCGGGCGACCAGGUGUGGAUGGAGACGCUCAGAGACUGGAACGGGGCGUACGCCAGCAGCGAGGACGACAGCAUCUUCUCCGGGUUCCUGCUCUACUCGGACAAGGCCUGA